AAGUCAGCACGGAGCCGCCCCGGAGCCGGGGCUAAGCGCUGAGCGGCGGCGGGGCCGGGAUGCGGGGCUCCCGGGACCGUGGCCGGCGCGCGGGGCGGUGGCGGGCGGGCGGGAGCUGUCCGCGGUGCUGAAGCAGCGGCGGCGACAGCGGCAGGGACGCGGGGCCGGGAGCAGGGAGCUCUCCUGGAAGCUCCACCGCGGCUGCCUGCGAGGCGGGGACGCCGUCGCUCGCCGGCCCAUGCCCGGUCCCCGAGCCCCGCGAGGAGGCGGGACGGUCCGCAGCGCGACAGGUUCCGUGAGGACUGAGUGGUUGACUGAGACUCCCUGCCCUGGCAACUGCAGGCAGAACCAUGGAGAGCCUGAGUGAACUACAGAACCCUCUGCUGCCGAGGAGCCCCACCCACCUCCACAGUCCCUACCCCUACACGGAGGCCCCAGCCAGCUGGUCCUGCCAAGAGAAGCUUUAUUCCUACCUCCUAGGAGGUGCUGGUCCCUCUCGUACCCAUCAGCUCCUAGACCCGGGGUCCCUACAGCUGGCCGUGGAGGCUUGGUAUCGGCCCAGCUGCCUCCUGGGGAAGGACAAGGUCAAAGAGCCCAAAGCAGGCAGCUGUGAGACCAGCUUCACCGAGGCCAGGGAGCCCCCAGUGGGGCCCACGGAACAGGGCUCAGAACCUGGUAAAACUGAGGAGGAUGUCACCAUCCACACUGUGUCCUAUGGAGUUCAAGAGGAGCUGCAGGGCCAGGAGGACAGCCAGGAGGAGGAGAGUGAUGCGACCUCGACAGAGAGCGAAAGUGAAGACACCUUCCUCACCCUGCCUCCCAGGGACCACUUGGGGCUCACUCUCUUCUCCAUGCUGUGUUGCUUCUGGCCGCUGGGUAUCGCUGCCUUCUACUUCUCCCAGGGGACCAGCAAGGCCAUCUCCAAAGGGGACUUCCGCCUGGCCAGCACCACCUCCCGCCGGGCCCUCUUCCUGGCCACCCUCUCCAUCGCUGUGGGGGCCGGUCUCUAUGUGGCUGUGGUGGUGGCUCUGGCUGCUUACAUGUCCCAGAAUGGCCAUGGCUAGUGGCAGUAGGAUCCUCAUCCUGGCGCUCCCGGCCCGCCCGAGGAAGGUAUAAAGCUUGGAACUGUGUACUUUAUGGAGAGCCUUGACCCCGAGGUGAACCUGCGCAUGUGGAGGGGAGGACUCCCGUUCUGCAGCCUACACAGCCCUCUUGCCCACUCCUCCCCGUCCCAGAGCAGGCCUGGUAUGGAUGGGAAGCAGGAGAGGCAGGGUUGUCCAACAGGCCUCGCCCAGCCUGGGCUGCCCACUCCCUACUGGGCCUCAGUCCCACAGGCAGCUCAGUUCUCCCCCUUGCCAGUUUCCCCAGAGAGAAAAGGCAGGAGCUUCCAGGGAGGAAAAGGAGUGCCCGAGAAACAAAGGACGUGGCCAGUUUUUUCAGCCUGUGGGGCUCUCCCCUGUACGCGCCUUGAGCAGCUACCCCACGCCCCAAGCUCCAUGAUGCCCAAGAUCCACCAAUCAGGAAAGACCUCCAUGGGCCCCAGCCAUCCCUUGCUCUUUCUGACUCCCUUGUUAGUGUGGAAGAUACUCAGCGGCAUCUCCCAGGGUGGAGAUGGCGCUGGUGAGCUCUGUGGUAAGAGCAGGUUGCUGGGCCUUUUCUGCUCCACACAAAAGGCAAGUGCAGUGCCAGAGAGGACACAGGCCUGGAAUACCGCAGGACCACGUGUCCCCCUCCCUCUGCCUCUGUUCUUCACUCUCCCAUCCUUUCUGGGCUCUGCUGGGAGGACCCUGAGACGGUACCCCACAGCAGGGGAGACUGAGAAGGGUGUUGUUACUCCCUAGCUAUUGAGGAGUGCAGGGUCCCGGAUCCAGGCUUACGUACGGGGCAUGGUGAGAAGGGACUCUGGGAGGUGGGAAAUGCAGACGGAGGAGGGACAUGGACAGAUGUGGACGGUGGAGCAGUCAGCAGUGCCCGGGAGGAGGUGUCCCCGGAGCAAAGUCCAGGAGGACCGCCAGAAUCCACCCAAGGGAUUUGCUCCUCUGUAACUCUCCAUGCUGGUGGGCAAGGGUGUGUAAGAGCCUCCCAUGGAGGUGCCCAGUCUGAUAGGGUUCUGCCUGGAUUAUCCAGCCUGGAGUAAUUUUUGUGCAGCCAUUUCGAAACUCUCCAUCAGCCUAAGCAGGAAGGCCAAGCCUUUCUCUCCACCCGUGAUGUUUUCCCAUCUUUGGACAAUGGGGUAAUGGUGAUAAUUGCCCCUCAGGACUGCUUUCAAGCCCCUCCACCCCAAGGCAAUGACAGUUUCAGAGACCUCCAGAGCAAAGGACGCAGAAGAGCGGGAAGGCAGGCCCACGGGGAUUCAGUCUGCAGGACUCUUGUGCACGAUUUGGGGAACCUGGCCAUUUCCACGCUCUGGUCCCACCAUUCACCGUCCUUGGUUCCCACACGCUCCCCUUCCCCUCACUGCAGGUGUUCUCCACGCUCUACCCCCUGUACUGGCGGUUUUAAUGUCCCCGGAAGGUCUUUAUUUAUCCUGAUAAUAAACUUUUCUGUAAUACC